AUCUAACUGGAUUUUCUCUUCAUUUUCUUCAGCUACAAACCCCUUUUUUCUGCAACUUAGAAGCCAUGGAUCCUGUAACAUACCAGUAUUAUCGACCUGCUUCAAGGAUAACAAUUUUUGCACACUUGUUUGGUCUUUUGGCUUUGAUUCUUAUGCUUGUUUGGUUGCUUCAUUAUCGCGAAGGCGUUAAUCUUUUUUCUUACUAUGCAAAUCAGAUAUUUAAUGUUCACCCACUUUUGAUGUUCUUGGGGAUGAUUUUCUUGUCUGGCCAAGCACUGAUGGCAUACAAGACAGAGAGAACAGAUAGGAAAGUGCAGAAAGUGGCACAUUUUUUACUACAUUUAGCUGCAAUUUGUCUGGGGAUCGUUGGUAUACAUGCUGCUUUCAAGUACCAUGAUAGAAGGAAUUUAAGAGACAUGUAUAGCUUCCACUCCUGGAUUGGCAUUGCCACUAUCUGCCUUUACAUUUUGCAGGUAUAUAUUUAUCAACUAAAUAUUCAGAGGCGAAUUGGGGAUUUAAACUCUAUGGGUGAGUUUCUUACCACUGAACUCAUAUCCUUAAAGUUAUGGGUUCAUAUCUAUAAUUUAUUGCGAUUUUAGUGAUUUUUUGCAUAUAUAAAUUUAUACUCCACGUUGAAAGAUAUGGGUUCAUAUCUCUAAUCUAUUGCGAUUUUAGUGAUUUUUUGCAUAUAUAAAUUUAUACUCCACGUUGAAAGUUAUGGGUUCAAUUGAACGCGGUGUUAUAGGGCUGCAUACGCCCUGUAUACAUUAUAUUCUCUAUUAUUCUUGUUAUUGUUUCUCUUUUCAUGAAAAAUAUUUAAUUUUUCUUAUCAUCUAUUCUUCGGUUAAACCUUUAAAUGAGUUUCUCAAAUCGCCCUCUAAUAUAUGGACUUCAUUUAAUUUUGUGAUCUAAUGCAAAAUCUUUUUAGUUUUAUGUCAAAUCUUCCGAGAUAUUUCAUCAAAAUACAACACAAGAGAUCAUUGCAGUUUGUGUCAUUUUCUUCUAUUCAAAUUAUAAAAGGUUAUGUUAAACCAUUUCCUCGUUGAUUGAUUUAGAGCUUUUUUGAGAUUAGUUAUUGUGGUGACCCAUCUAGUUAUGAGUAUCAAAUUUUAUUCUUAAUUUAAAUUUCAGUUGCUCUUGCACGUUAUGCAUAAUUAUUUCCCAAAAAUAAAUCUCCUAUUAUCUGUCAAAUUAAUGAACAGUUUUACACACAGAUCAGGAGUGGCAUAUUGAUGGAUUGAUUUUGUUGUUUAAUUUAUUCUCUUUUUUCUAUUUUUGUUUUGCUUUUGAAAUGUGGAAAUUGUAAUUGAAGUUUAUUUUAAUGAAAUAUUUUUCUUCAUUUUUCUGCUGUAGCUCUACUUACGAUUGCACUGUACUUAAUUAGCUAAAUUGUAAGUACUUAAUAUCAAAUAAAAUGGUUUAGGGAUGAUGAAGAUUUGUCAGUAUCGUCUAUGUAAAAGAAUAUAAAGACUAGUGGGAAUCUUCUAUUCAGGAGAAUAGUACAUAAAUAGAAUAUCCAUCUUCUAUGUGGAUCAGCCACUGAGGGGAGGGGUUCAGUUGAGAGACAUCGUCACGUGGUAAAAUAUGUUUACACAAGACAAAUAGAUGCAUGAUCUGUACUCCCUCCGU